CGUACCGCAAAAAAAAAAAAAAAACGACUAAGCCUUGUGGAAUUCAAAAAUUUAGGAAAAAAAAGAAAAAGAAAAGAAUCUGUGACAGAGGUGGUCAGGGAGCCCCACUGGAAAAGAGAGCCAAGCAGGGCACUGGGCGCUUCUGGCCUGUAGCAAGCCCUGGCUUCAACCCACAGGCCUCAGCCUCCCUGGCUCCUCCUCCCCCACCCCGCCCCACAUGCACUUAAUACUUCUGGCACCCAGUCCACCUGCCUCGGACUUUGGCCUCAGUGGUAGCUAGUGGGAGCCUGGGAAGCCCUGGAGCAAAGUUUCUCAAGCAAAGCAAAAGAAGAAACUUCAGGUGUUGUAGUGCCUGCUAGCUUUCCCCUGAGAAGCUUCGGCUGCCACCUGCAGGUCACUUGGGGUCCGGCCAUGUGGCUGCCUCUGCUUCUUGGAGUCUCGCUCUGGGCAGCACUGUGGUUGCUCAGGGACCGGCAGAGCCUGCCCGCCAGCGAUGCUUUCGUCUUUGUCACCGGCUGUGACUCGGGCUUUGGGCGGCUUCUGGCACUGAGGCUGGACCAGAGAGGCUUCCGAGUCCUGGCCAGCUGCCUGACCCCCUCAGGGGCAGAGGACCUCGAGCGGGUGGCCUCCUCCCGACUCCACACCACCCUGCUGGAUGUCACAGAUCCCCAGAGCGUCCGGCAGGCAGCCAAGUGGGUGGAAACACACGUCGGGGAAGCAGGGCUUUUUGGUCUGGUGAAUAAUGCCGGCACGGCUGGCAUCAUCGGGCCCACACCUUGGCAGACACAGGAGGAUUUCCAGCGGGUGCUGAAUGUGAACACACUGGGUCCCAUCGGGGUCACCCUCGCCCUGCUGCCCCUGCUGCGGCAGGCCCAGGGCCGGGUGAUCAACAUCACCAGUGUGCUGGGCCGCCUGGCAGCCAAUGGAGGGGGCUACUGUGUCUCCAAGUUUGGCCUGGAGGCGUUCUCUGACAGCCUGAGGCGGGACGUGGCUCCUUUCGGGGUACGAGUCUCUAUCGUGGAGCCUGGCUUCUUCCGAACCCCCGUGACAAACCUGGAAAGUCUGGAGGACAGCCUGCAGGCCUGCUGGGCACGGCUGCCUCCAGCCACACAGGCCCUCUAUGGGGAGACCUUCCUCACCAAAUAUCUGAGAGUGCAGCAGCGCAUCAUGAACCUGAUCUGUGACCCGGACCUGACCAAGGUGAGCAAGUGCCUGGAGCAUGCCCUGACUGCCCGUCACCCCAGAACCCGCUACAGCCCAGGCUGGGACGCCAAGCUGCUCUGGCUGCCAGCCUCCUACCUGCCAGCCAGCCUGGUGGAUGCUGUGCUCACCUGGGUCCUUCCCAAGCCUGCUCAGGCGGUCUGCUGAACUCAGCCCUCCAGCAAGAGGUUGUCGUUCAAGGCAAGGACUUUGAUUUAUUUCUGUCCCCCACCCUGGCACUGCCUGGUGCUUGGUACAAAACAGGCACUCAAUAAAUGUGUAUUGGGGCUUCCCUGGUGGCGCAGUGGUUAAGAAUCCGCCUGCCAGUGCAGGGGACACGGGU